UUUUGGGUUUUUUUUUUUUAAAAAAAUUCGUUUGAUUGAAUUGGACUUGGAAUGAUCAUAUAUUUCUGGGGUUUGAUUGAUAAAUUUUAUCUUCUUUUUUCAAAUUCUGGGUCCUUCUUGUUUGUCAUUUUUGAGGUUGCUUGAUGCUAAAGUUUGGCCUUUUCAUUGAAUCUUUGUAGGUGUUUCUUUGUUUGAUAGGAUAUAUCAAGUUUUUGGUUUGAAUUAAUGUGUUCUUUUUUUAUGGAAAUUUAGCUUCUUUGAUUUGUGAUUUCCAUGUUCUUUGUAUUGGUUAUUACUAAGAACUAAUUUAUGUGGAGAAACGUAAGUUAUGUCUCUGCAUGGAAAAGAGAGUUUUUAAACAAUUAACAGAGGUUUUAGCCAUUAAAUUUUCUUUGUUUAUGGGGAAAUAAAAGCUAUGUGGAGAAUAUGUUACAAUUGAAUUUAGAUCAUAGGGGUAAAUAAAGAAAUUAAGUUUAUAUAAUUUGACUGUUGGUAAUUGAAGUUUUCAUUUAGUUGGUUUUAGGAUAUAAUAGAAAUGAUUCUUCGAGUACAUUUAGAUCUAACACAAUCUUAUUCUGUGUCAGGAUGGAAAUUUAGCAUCUUCUUUUUUUUUUUUUAUUGAUAAAGUUGAUUCCAAUUUAGGGUUUUGUCAGAAAAGAUGGUACCUUUUUCUCAACUCUUUUUGGGCUUCUUUUUAAGCAAGGUGAUCUGGAUUCUUAACUUAUAAGAAAUGGUGCUCACUUUCGGAAGGAUAUUGCUGGAGCAAUUGUCCUUAGAUUGAAUAAAGUAAAUUGAUAAUUCAUCAUUUGUUUAUUUAGAAAACUUUUUAACUUUUUAGAACAAAUUUGAAUCUAUUUUAACUAGUUUUUAGUUUUUUCAAGGUUUUAUUUUGACACACUUGGACAGAGUAGCACACCUUUAAUACAAACAGCAAUUAAUUUCAUUUUCAUUGUUAAUAUGAAAUAGUUCCAUAUGCUGGUUCUGUAUGGAUAAUUGAUUUUGAAAUAGCUUGAAAAAUCUGGAACAACUUAUAUAUCAACUGGUCAAUUUCAAGGAAGGAAUAAUUUUUUAUUUUCCGUCGUUUUAAUAGGAUAGUGAACUAACCUCCUCUAGCAAGUAUAUAUUGCUGCAGUAUCUUAAUUUGAUGCUUGAAGCAGAGCCUUUUGUUUUUCAGGAUUGCCAAGUGUUCACUGAGAUGAUUUAGUGGAAAAUAUGCUUGAAGUCGAUGAUUAUGUAUCAACAAGAUUCAGAUAUCGUGCAUUGGUUUCUGGGCUGUGACCCGUUUUAUCAUUCUGCAUAUAAUAGUGACAUAAGACAACAUGAUGCUGGUGACACAUAUCAUCAUGCACAUUAUUUUAGAGAUCAUACUGAUACACAAAGCACCCAGAUAGAGAAUGAUGAGGUUAUUGCCCGUACCCUUCAGGAAGAAUUCUCACAUCUAGCGGUGUCAGAAGCUUCUCAAUCUUUUCAUUCUGGAGAACAGCAGUUGCAAUCUUACAGUGAACCUCAUGAUUGGCAUAGUUCAUCAACAGGGGACUAUUAUUAUUCAGGCUAUGAAUAUGCCCAGGAUGGAUCUGGUGAUUUGGUGCCACUUAGUUCAUGCUCUAGCCCCAGUGAUUCAGAGGAUUUUUCCUGCUCUCUGGAGCUGACUGAUGGUUAUUUACUAGAUGAUGAUGAAGUAGGCAAGAGGUUGAAUCAAAUGAUUCCUAUUCCUCAUGUCCCUAGAAUCAACGGAGAAAUACCAUCAAUUGAUGAAGCAAUGUCAGAUCAUGAAAGGUUGUUGAACAGAUUGCAGACAUAUGGUUUUGUUGAGCUCAAGGUUCAAGGAGACGGUAACUGUCAGUUCCGUGCACUGUCAGAUCAGUUAUAUCACACACCUGAUAAUCACAAAUAUGUGAGACGACAAGUUGUGAAUCAGCUUAAAUCUCACCCAGAGACAUAUGAAGGAUAUGUUCCCAUGGAAUAUGCUGACUAUUUGAAGAAGAUGUCAAAGAGUGGCGAGUGGGGUGAUCAUGUUACAUUGCAGGCGGCUGCAGACUCGUAUGGCGUAAGAAUUUUUGUUAUAACUUCCUUUAAGGACACUUGUUACAUUGAGAUUCUUCCUAACUUUCAGAAGUCAAAAGGAGUCAUUUUCUUGAGUUUUUGGGCCGAAGUUCACUACAACUCAAUCUACUUACAAGGAGAUCUCCCCUCAGUUGAGGUUCCAAGGAAGAAAAAGUGGCGGAUUUUUGGGAACUAACACAUAUAAGGACGAGCCAAGCUUUCACCAUUAUUGUUGCUGUGGACUUGCCCAAGCUGUUCAAUCGCUCGAAAGACACACCGAGUCCCCUUUGAACCAUCAUAAUAAUGUUUGCUUUCACAGCAAUAUAGUAUCUACUAGUACUUUAUAUUUUAAAAAGAACAUAAAAGGAAGAAGGCAUUAUGAUACUUCUGGCCUGCCCUUGAAUGUUACGAAUAUUCACAGCUCAAAUUUUGCAUACAUGAAAGAAUUCCAACAGGAGUGUACUGUUGUUCAUGCAUAAUUCUUUAUUGAUUCAAACAUAAUCAAUCUCAGUAUUGAGAA